AUGUCAUCUUCGCAAAAUGACCGGCGAAAAUCGCUCGACAAAGAACAGGAUUUAAAGCCCGUUAGCAGUCAGAUUGAGAUCGCGAAAGCGUCAAUCCAUGAUGUUAUUGAUUUGGAUGAGAUCGAACACACCGAUACAGGCUGGUAUAUUUGGCUCAUCGCAUUGACCGCCUCGAUCGGCGGCAUGCUCUUUGGGUACGAUACCGGUAUCAUCUCAGCGGUUCUAGUAUACCUUGAAGACAGUUUAGGCCAUAUAUUAUCAGCAAGCGAGAAAGAGUUGAUCACAUCCUUGUGUUCUGCUGGAGCAUUUGUCGGCUCUAUCAUUGCAGGUCUGACAGCCGAUCGAUACGGACGCAAAGGGCCAAUGUACAUCGGCUGUGCUCUCUUCACAGUGGGGGCGAUUUUACAGGCCACUGCAUACUCUAUCCCACAGAUGGCGGUCGGAAGACUUAUUGUCGGCUUUGGGGUUGGCUCUGCUGCAAUGAUUGUGCCAGCCUAUAUUGCCGAAAUCGCACCCACCAAACACCGCGGUCGCAUGAUUGGUCUGAACAAUGUCAGCAUUACCGGAGGCCAAGUCAUAAGCUAUGGUCUUGGUGCUGCCUUUGCCGGCGUUCCUAAUGGAUGGCGCUAUAUGGUUGGUCUAGGUGGUGUCCCCAGUGUACUUCUGGCCGUCUUGCUCCCGCUUUGCCCAGAGUCUCCUCGCCAGUUGGUCUACCACGACAAAAAAGAGGAAGCUCGAGCAGUUCUGCACCGUAUCUUCAGUUCUGCUACUCCCGAGCAGGUCCAGGUUAAGAUUGAUCUCAUUGAAGCUGGUGUUCGAGAAUCUCGGGCCUCUACUGGUAACCAGACCCGGUGGUCUAUUGUGAAACAACUCCACUCAAAUCCUGCCUAUUUCCGUGCUUUGGUGUGUGCAUGUGGUCUAAUGACCAUCAGCCAAAUGUCAGGCUUCAACGUCCUGAUGUAUUACUCCGGAACGCUCUUCGCCCUAGUUGGCUUUUCCAACCCAGUCGCAGUGGGUCUUGUUGUGUCAGGAACCAAUCUGGCAAUGACCCUAGUCAACAUGCUAGUCGUAGACUCCUUCGGCCGUCGCAGACUUUUAAUAACAACGGCAUGGGGCAUGUCAGCUAGUCUGGUCGCAGUUGCUGUAUCAUUCGCAUAUAUUCCAGUUGAUCUGGAGACACUCGAAGUGACAACGAAGUCCAUCACAGCGCCGGCUAUUAUUGUUUUAGUUUUCAUCAUCUUCUUCGUGCUCUUCUACGGCGUGUCGAUUGGAAACACCGCCUGGAUGAGUGCAGACUUUUUCCCUACGGAGGUUCGUGCCGUUGGAACAAUGUAUAUGACUUGCUGCUGCUGGGGUUCGAAUCUGAUUGUGUCUUCGACAUUCUUGUCUAUGAUGAAGGGGAUCACACCCUCUGGUGCAUUUGGUUUCUAUGCAUGCCUAACAUUCUCAGGCUGGGUGAUGAUCAUAUUCUUUUACCCUGAAAUGUCGGGACUACAGCUUGAAGAGAUUGGUGAGGUCUUCAAGCAUGGUUUUGGUGUGAAAUAUGCUUCAAAAUUGCGAAAGCAACGCGCCGAGGACCGUCACGCCCGCCUUGGGUGA